AAGGCUGCCUGAGAAAUCAGUUUAUUAGGAUAUAGAGACCGGUUAACUAAUGGUUUAGUUAAAUUAGAUUACUGGUUAAAGUUUCCUUUAGCUUGAACCAAUGUAUAUAUAGGAACCCUGUACAGCAUUUUACAGAAUUAAGGAAGAUGAUUCUGUUUCAACGUCUUUCUCUUAAUAUGGUAUCAGAGCAGUGACGAUUUUCCGCCAUUGUUUCCCCUUCGAGCUUUUCUGGUGAUUUCUUCACAUCUUUGAGCUUCGAUUAUCGGCUAUGAGUGCUUCAAUUUCUCAGCUGAUUCUCGAUUUAGUCUCUUGAUUCUUGAUCACUAUUAUUGAGCUCCUUUCAUAUCUUUCUUUUCUUCUUUUAUUCCCGAUCUUCAUCCCUUAUUUGACCUAAAUCUUUGCCGUCUCUUCCUUUGAUACAUAUCUCGGCUUGAUUUUUCUUCGUCGAUUUCAAUUUCAUCAUCUGAAAUGGGAUCGAUUAAUGCUGAUAGCUCUACGAAUACUCGUUCUCAACAACAACCUCUCGAUCAAUAUGAGAAUCCUUACUUCCUCCACGCAUCUGAUCAUGCCGGUUUGGUACUUGUCUCCGAUCGUCUCAGCUCAGGAUCUGAAUUUCAUUCUUGGCGCAGAUCUGUUAGAAUGGCACUCAACGUUCGCAACAAACUCGGAUUUAUCGACGGUACGAUUCCUAAACCUCCGGAUGAUCAUCGUGAUGCUGGAUCUUGGUCUAGGUGUAAUGAUAUGGUAGCUACAUGGUUGAUGAAUUAUGUGUCAAAGAAAAUACGCCAGAGUUUGUUGUUUAUGUCUACUGCUGAAUCAAUUUGGAACAAUUUGUUGUGCCGAUUUAAACAAAAUAAUGCUCCGCGUGUUUAUGAGAUAGAACAGCGUUUGAGCUCGAUUCAACAGGGAUCUAUGGAUGUUAGCACAUAUUACACAGAACUUGUUACUCUAUGAGAAGGAUAUAGGAAUUAUGUGGAGUUGCCCUUAUGCACUUGUGGAAAAUGUGAAUGCAAUGCUACAUCUUUGUGGGAAAAGCUCCAGCAGAGGAGUCGUGUUACCAAAUUCCUCAUGGGAUUGAACGAAGGCUAUGAACCUACUCGAAGGCAUAUUUUGGUUUUGAAGCCUAUACCUUCUAUUGAGGAUGUGUUCAACAUGAUUACACAAGAUGAACGCCAGAAGAAUAUUAAGCCAUCUCCGAGAGUGGAUAAUGUUGCGUUUCAAGCUAGUGGACCUGCUCCAGGAACGCUUUACAAUGAAGGCUACAACCCUGGUUAUUACACUGGUCCUGAUGAGAAUGCAGCUUAUGCCACUACUUACAACAAUCAGCGACCUCAACAGAAGCCGAUGUGUACUCAUUGUGGUCGUCUUGGACAUACUAUUCAAAAGUGUUAUAAGUUGAAUGGCUAUCCUCCUGGUCACAAAUUUGCUCAAAAGCAACCACAAGGAUCUUCUGAAGGAAUGUUUCAACCUCGGGGUCAGAUGCAACAAGGACCUCGACCACCGUUUAAUCCACAAUACUCUCAAGCUACUUCAUUUCCAAAGCCUAAUAUUGUGGUUAAUGCUGUAUCCACAUCACAAGCUCCACCGACUAUGACUACUAAGAGUGUCGAUCUUAGUCAUUUCAGUCAGGUUCAGGUUCAGUCCUUGAUUGCUCAGCUCAAUGCUCACGUGCAUCUUUCAGAGCAACCGUCUUCUUCUUUUGCGAUGAUCACAGCAAAUGGUCAUAUGGCUCCUACAUCUACAUCGGGACCAUAUUCUGGGCUUGACGAUUGGUAAAGGAUCACUUAUUCACAAUCUUUACAUUUUGGAAACUGGAGUUCUUACUUCUUCAUCAUUUUGUGGAUCCUUGGUGGAUGGACAUCUCUGGCAUCAACGCCUAGGACAUCCUUCUUCUGCCAAGUUACAACACAUUCCUGGUAUCUUGCCUAUGUCCAAGUCGAGUCAGUCUCAUUGUGAAGUCUGUCCUUUAGCUAAACAGAAAGCCUUACCUUAUGUAUCUAGUAAUAGCUUCUCUUCUGCACCAUUUGAGCUUGUUCACUUAGAUACUUGGGGUCCAUUUGCAAUCAAGUCUGUAGAGGGAUACAAAUAUUUUUUCACCAUUGUAGAUAAUUGUACUCGUGUUACAUGGUUAUACAUGUUGAGAAAUAAAAGUGAUGUUGC